GCGCGAGUGUUAUUGGAACGCGAGUCAGGAGGCAGAUAAUGUCAUGUCACAGGACACCAAGUAGUCCUAUUUAAGUGGAGAGGAACGGAAACCUGCAGCCACCACCAUGAAUUUGGGUCCCAAGAACUCCUAUGGUAAUGGCCUGGCGUAUGCUGGCUUCAACCAAGACCAAGGUUGCUUUGCUUGUGGGAUGAACAAUGGCUUCCGUGUGUACAACUGUGACCCCUUGAAGGAAAAGGAGCGGCAGGACUUUUCAGAUGGAGGAAUUGGCUAUGUUGAGAUGCUGUUCAGGUGCAACUACUUGGCGCUAGUGGGUGGUGGCACCCACCCCAAGUACCCAACAAAUAAAGUAAUGGUGUGGGAUGACCUUAAGAAGAAACAUGUGAUUGAACUAGAGUUUGCUUCUGAGGUGCGAGGUGUAAGGCUACGGCGUGACCGCAUUGUUGUCAUUCUGGACACCAUGAUAAAGGUUUACACGUUUACCUCCAACCCACAGCAGCUUCACGUAUUUGACACAGCAAUGAAUCCAAAAGGGCUGUGUGUCUUGUGCCCAAACAGCAACAAUUCCCUCCUGGCCUUCCCUGGUCCCCGUACUGGCCAUGUUCUCAUAAUUGAUCUGGCCAACACAGAAAAGUCUCCACUAGAUAUACUUGCCCAUGAUUCACCUCUCAGUUGUAUUGCCCUAAACUUACCAGGAACAAAAUUAGCAACAGCUUCUGAGAAGGGAACCUUGAUCAGAAUUUUUGACACAGCCAGUGGGACUCAGCUGAAUGAACUGCGCAGAGGAGCAAAUGCUGCUACCAUAUUCUGUAUCAACUUCAGCCAGGACUCCUCCCUCCUUUGUGUGUCCAGUGACCACGGCACGGUGCACAUAUUUGCCACAGAAGAUGAGGACAAAAAAAACAAGCAGUCAAGCCUGGCAUCAGCAUCCUUCCUCCCCAAGUACUUCAGUAGCAAGUGGAGCUUCUGCAAGUUUGAGGUGCCUGGUGGGUCACAAUGUAUCUGUGCCUUUGGUCCAUCUAGCAACUCCGUCAUUGCUAUAUGUGCUGAUGGCAGCUACUACAAGUUCAGCUUCAGCGGCAAGGGAGAGUGUAACCGGGAAGUCUACUCCCACUUCCUGGAGAUGACAGAUGACAAGGCAUAAUCCUGGAUGCCUCACUGCCAUCCAGGAGUAAACAAGUUCUUGUCCACAGCUCCUUGGGGGCAUGUAGCUAAUGUACACUUGUAAUCCUUAAGAUUGUCCCCAAGUGAGCCCUCCACCAUCUCACACUACACUUGGUGUAUGAUGGUCCACUAGUAUUUUAGGAAAGACUCCCUCAUUCCACUUUUGGCUUAAACUUAUGUUGAUAUUAUAACUGUCUAUUUAUUUUUACUAAAUAUGUACUCUCUAAAAUUUAAACAUACUCCCAUAGGAUUUGUUAUACUUUAUCUAGUUUUCAAGGAAAUUUCAGUAUUUUCUUUCAUCUCAUGAUUCAAAGAUUUGACUGUUCAGUACAGAGGAAUGUCAAUUGAACUGUGAUGCAUAUCAGGGAAGACUGUUGUAUUACACUUAGCCAUAAAUUGGUGUCAUUUUAAUUUAAGAAUUUCAUUUAGUAUGUUAAAGAAACAAAAAUUAAGAUUUAUUGAUUAAUGAAUAUUGGAAAAUAUUUGAUGUCUUUAUAUAUAGGUACAUAUAUGGACCAAGCAUUUUUUUGUUGUUGAAUUGAGAGGUACAGCAAUUGCGUGGUGCUCCACUGCACUGCAUGCCGUGCCACAAGUCACUGGACUUGUGCUUACACUGCAGAAUAAUACAAGUGUACCUCACCUUAUGUAGAGCAAACAAGGCAAAAUUUGUAAUAUGUUGCCAAAACACUCACAGAAGAACACAUCAGCCUUACAGAAAAAAAAAUGUAUGCUUACCGAUAAUGAGGUCAUGUGAAAGGAAGAUUAUGCACACACACACACACACACACACACACACACACACACACACACACACACACACACACACACACACACACACACACACACACACACACACACACACACACACACACACACACACACACACACACACACACACACACACACAAACAAACUUUGGCUAUUCUUACUACUGCUUUACACUUUAACAAUCCUUUACACAUAAUUUUCUUUACCUUAUGUUCUCAAAAAACAUAUAUCUUAUAUUUACAUCAAAUAGGCAUGACAUCAUCUGAAGAUGCAGAUUUUACCUCAGGAACUGAGGAUGUGUAAAUGUAAGGCAUUGGAGACAGCCUUGUGCCAUGUCCAGACAGGUACAAUGGAAAGCAAACUUAGAAUUCAAAGACUUACCUGCUUUUCUUAAUUAAGGGUGCUGCUGUAAAUUGAUUUCAUAUUGAUACAAGUUAAAUUGACAUUCUACUGUAUUGAAAAUUUUGGAGUUUUAUAUUUUUAUGUAAUUUAAUUAAAUUUUGAUAUAUACAAAAUGGUCACAAAUUACAAUUGUGCAUUAAUUGUAUUCAUAAAUAAUAACUGUCAAUUGAUAAAAAUGGAAAAGCUGAUUAUCAGAUGAGUAACAGGAAGGAUGUUGGAGUAAAGGCUGAACUGAGCUAUUUUCUGUGCCGCCAUAGGAUGGAAGCUCUCUCUCUCUCUCUCUCUCUCUCUCUCUCUCUCUCUCUCUCUCUCUCUCUCUCUCUCUCUCUCUCUCUCUCUCUCUCUCUCUCUCUCUCUCUCUCUCUCUCUCUCUCUCUCUCUCUCUCUCUCUCUCUCUCUCUCUCUCUCUCUCUCUCUCUCUCUCUCUCUCUCUCUCUCUCUCUCUCUCUCUCUCUCUCUCUCUCUCUCUCUCUCUCUCUCUCUCUCUCUCUCUCCAUAACAGUCAAUGAGAUAGGAGCAGAUGCAAGUGAUAGUGCUUUUUGACUGGUGUUCAUAAACAGAUGAUGUGUCAUUUUGAGGCAUCAGUUGUAGAAUGCAUUAUAACUCUGGUCAUUUAAAAUUAUUAAUGCAUUUCAGUUCUCAUACAUCCUAGUUUUGCUCUAUCUGAUGAACAGUUUACAAAUUUUUAGUUUUUUUGCUUAUUUUAGAUUGAUUGUGUGAUACAUGGAGACUGUAUUCAACGUCCAGCAUGUAUAUAUGUAUAAAUGUACUCUAGUUACUAUGUUUGGUGGUGUAUGGUUAAUGACAGCAAAAUUUAAUGGGAAAGGCGUUUUGUCAGACUUUCAUUAUAACAGUGACUAGUGAUCUAUGAUUGAAGAAAUUGGUAGUCUCAUCUUCAGAGGGUGAAGUGACUACCAGCUGUGAUGAUCACUCCUUUCAUCCAGUGGGGCUGGGAAAUCAUGGUGUGGGAAUACACCACACUAAGAAAAUUAAUAAGGGACCAUCCAUAAACAGUCAUGUUCAUCAAGGAAGGUAGAAGCAAAACCCACAGAGAAGUUUUCCUUUAAUGUAAGGUUGUGAUGCCUAGAUGUUAAAACUGAUCACACUUUGUAAGAUAUAUUAAAGGAAAUUAAUGAUUGCAAACCACAACAUGGAGUGAGGACAAAGCAGAAGGGGAAGUUGUUGGAUUAGGCUAAUGAGAUUUUCAGCAGAGGAUAGCACUCUUACUAGAAGUUGAUGUUUUUUUUUUUUUUUUUUUUUAUUUUUUUUUUUAUUUAUACAAGUCCAGAGUUUUUAUCAGUAUUAAUUUCGUCACAUUAGAUAUUAUUUAUUAACUGUUAGGAAAGAGUUCAGUUAAGGUCUUCCACAGCGCACAUGAAUUGUGUUGGGUGACGUCUAGUGAGUCUGCAGUUACAGCCAACAGGUGGUAGUAAGCAUCAGCUUAUAUGUUAUGGAGCAUAUAGCUAUUGGAAAGGAAAAGGCUGAAGCAGUGCUAUCUUAAACCAGUGUUUUUUUUUUUUUUUUUUUUUUUUUUUUUUUUUUUUUUUUUUUAUGUAGGAAGGAUACUGGCCAAGGGCAACAAAAAUCUAAUAAAAAAAAAUGCUCACUGAAAUGCCAGUCCCUAAAAGGGUCAAAGCAGUGGUCAAAAAUUGGUGGAUAAGUGUCUUGAAACCUCCCUCUUGAAGGAAUUCAAGUCAUAGGAAGGUGGAAAUACAGAAGCAGGCAAGGAGUUCCAGAGUUUACCAGAGAAAGGGAUGAAUGAUUGAGAAUACUGGUUAACUCUUGCGUUAGAGAGGUGGACAGAAUAGGAGUGAGAGAAAGAAGAAAGUCUUGUGCAGCGAGGCUGCGGAAGGAGGGGAGGCAUGCAGUUAGCAAGAUCAGAAGAGCAGUUAGCAUGAAAAUAGCGGUAGAAGACAGCUAGAGAUGCAACAUUGCGGCGGUGAGAGAGAGGCUGAAGACAGUCAGUUAGAGGAGAGGAGUUGAUGAGACGAAAAGCUUUUGAUUCCACCCUGUCUAGAACAGCAGUAUGAGUGGAACCCCUCCAGACAUGUGAAGCAUACUCCAUACAUGGACGGAUAAGGCCCUUGUACAGAGUUAGUAGCUGCGGGGGUGAGAAAAACUGGCGGAGACGUCUCAGAACACCUAACUUCAUGGAAGCUGUUUUAGCUAGAGAUGAGAUGUGAAGUUUCCAGUUCAGAUUAUAAGUAAAGGACAGACCGAGGAUGUUCAGUGUAGAAGAGGGGGAUAGUUGAGUGUCAUUGAAGAAGAGGGGAUAGUUGUCUGGAAGAUUGUGUCGAGUUGAUAGAUGGAGGAAUUGAGUUUUUGAGGCAUUGAACAAUACCAAGUUUGCUCUGCCCCAAUCAGAAAUUUUAGAAAGAUCAGAAGUCAGGCGUUCUGUGGCUUCCCUGCGUGAUAUGUUUACCUCCUGAAGGGUUGGACGUCUAUGAAAAGACGUGGAAAAGUGCAGGGUGGUAUCAUCAGCAUAGGAGUGGAUAGGACAAGAAGUUUGUUUUAGAAGAUCAUUAAUGAAUAAUAAGAAGAGAGUGGGUGACAGGACAGAACCCUGAGGAACACCACUGUUAAUAGAUUUAGGAGAAGAACAGUGACCGUCUACCACAGCAGCAAUAGAACGGUCAGAAAGGAAACUUGAGAUGAAGUUACAGAGAGAAGGAUAGAAACCGUAGGAGGGUAGUUUGGAAAUCAAAGCUUUGUGCCAGACUCUAUCAAAGGCUUUUGAUAUGUCCAAGGCAACAGCAAAAGUUUCACCAAAGUCUCUAAAAGAGGAUGACCAAGACUCAGUAAGGAAAGCCAGAAGAUCACCAGUCGAGCGGCCUUGACGGAACCCAUACUGGCGAUCAGAUAGAAGGUUGUGAAGUGAUAGAUGUUUAAGAAUCUUCCUGUUGAGGAUAGAUUCAAAAACUUUAGAUAAGCAGGAAAUUAAAGCAAUAGGACGGUAGUUUGAGGGAUUAGAGCGGGUCACCCUUUUUAGGAACAGGUUGAAUGUAGGCAAACUUCCAGCAAGAAGGAAAGGUAGAUGUUGACAGACAGAGCUGAAAGAGUUUGACUAGGCAAGGUGCAAGCACGGAGGCACAGUUUCGGAGAACAAUAGGAGGGACCCCAUCAGGUCCAUAAGCCUUCUGAGGGUUUAGGCCAGCGAGGGCAUGGAAAACAUCAUUACGAAGAAUUUUAAUACGAGGCAUGAAGUAGUCAGAGGGUGGAGGAGAGGGAGGAACAAGCCCAGAAUCGUCCAAGGUAGAGUUUUUAGCAAAGGUUUGAGCAAAGAGUUCAGCUUUAGAAAUAGAUGUGAUAGCAGUGGUGCCAUCUGGUUGAAGUAGAGGAGGGAAAGAAGAAGAAGCAAAGUUAUUGGAGAUAUUUUUGGCUAGAUGCCAGAAAUCACGAGGGGAGUUAGAUCUUGAAAGGUUUUGAAUGUUUUUAUGUAUAAACUCUUGAUUGGAGAUUGAAGGACAAACAUUAAUAGUUAUUACCUUUGUUGGAAUCCCUGUCCACAAAGACCUGUAGUGACAGAAGAUGUGUAGCUGGUGAAGCAUCUACGGAAAGACUAAAGGGGACACGGGAUGAGAUCUAGCAACUUGUAGACUUACCAGACAGAUUACAUGGCAUGCAGUUUGAUGGGGUGCUAUCCAUUAGCAAGCACUGAUGCAUGCAGACAUGGAGUUUGCCUAAAAAAUAAUAAUUAUUAUUUGGGAUGAUAUAGUACAGUUGAAUACAUAAUUGAUUUACAUGCAAGAACUUAGAAUAGCAAAACCAUUCCAUGAGAAUUUAUUUGAACUUUUGGUCAUAUUUUACAUAAGUGUAGCAUGAUUGAUUUUAAAUUAUAUAAAUGAUAAAUUCAGUUUGAAAGCACAGUUUUGGGUGGAAUCAUUAUCAUUACAAUAAAACUAAGGUAUUUUUAAUAAUCUCUCCCAGUUUUUAUCAUCCAUUACAUGAAAGUUUUUCCAUUAUAAAACUUGUUGCAUCAUUUUGAUUUACAUAAAGUUAGCAGGAUGGAGGUAUACUGUCCCUAUUUCCCAUAGAUUAACAAUAUUUUUAAGGAUUUAAGUUGAAUUCCAUCAUGUAAGAACAAUGAUAUUUAAGCAGCUCCAGAAUUUCAAAGCUAUGAAAAAAGCUCCCUCCAUUCUUAGUGCUUCAUUUUAUCCCAUACUUUCUUUUUGGUAAACAUAGUUAGAAUUCAGUGAUGAAUAAUACAUAUUUUAUACAAUCAUGCUCCCAAAAAUUUUACAUGUGGAACGUAAACAAUUAUUUUUGUUCAAGAAUAGAAUUUUUAUACAAAUGAAUGCUGUACUAUGAUAUAUUACAUAAUGUGACAGUUAUUCUUUAUCUCUACCUGACUUACUGUCUUAAAACUGAAAAUCUGAUGAAUUUUAUAGCCAUCAUGGUCAUUUCACAAGAUAAAACAAUAAAAAGUUACUUUGUAUCUGUGAAGAGCAUGGUUUCCAAAUGGUGUUAUUGCAUUUUCACAGAUUAAAGAGUGUAUGACUGACUGUGAUUCUUACAAUAGGAAUUCAUAACUAUAUAAUCCCUGAACUAUAUAAAAUUAAGUACACAUAGCACUAUCUUUAUAUUGGUUAAUUUUUUAUGUUUUUUUUGCAUAUUAUAUUACAUGUUAUAUACCUGAUUAGUUUCAUAGUUGAACAUUUGUAGGUCUUUGGCUGUAAACCAUUUGGAUCUCCAGAUUCAAUAUUUACAAGGUCCUGGGUGGUAAAUUUUAACAAGACCUUUUGAAAGUUUGUAAAUUAUGAUGCUGGAGGUUCAUUUGAUAUUUGAAAUCUUUGCCUGUUCACUGAUUUGGUAUGGUACUGCAUUCUGAUCUACAGAGUGUCCAGUUUUUGGAUAUGAACUUGAUGUGGGGAACUAGGAAAGGUCUUCCAGUAGUAGGUUCAUUUGUGUCUGUGAUUGGCUUUACUUCAGAAGGUAACUGUCUGUCAGAGAAAACUGCUUAUUGCAGCUGAUUGGAAUAUACAGAGGAAUCAAGCUGAAACUUACAAUUUUUGUCAUUAUAUUGGAUAUACAGUAAAGUACAAGACAAGUUGUGAUGUUUGACUGCCCAAUUGUAGAGGCAGUUAAUUGCUAUCAUGAAUGGGGGUGUGGAUCAGCUAGAGUAAUCAUCAUCACCAUCACCUGCAUAUCUGUCAUCACAUCACAGCCAGAACUUCACUCAGUAUCAUUAUCAUCAUCAUCAUCAUCAUCAUCAUCAUCAUCAUCAUUAUCAUUAUCAUCAUCAGUGUAACAUCACCACAUGGAGUUAGAGCAAGUGCAACAAGUCUUCAGUGGAAGAAAGGGAAAUAGUGCUUUCAGCAGUGGCUCUUUCCAACUUGAUUUUCAGACUUGAUCCUCUCAUGUACCAAUGUCUCCAUUGUGAUUAUGAUCUUGGAAAUCCUAAGCAGCCAGAACAUCUCCAUGUAAGAUAUAAAGGGCAGUGAUUCCUAGAGCGCAUGGACUGUGGGAACUAGGAUUUUUAAAUUUUAUGGAAACCUUAUUCUAGACAAUGUAAGAAGACAAAAUUUUUUGUAAGUUCUUGAAAUUGAAAUAUUUAAGAACCACUAGUGUCUCAUCCAAGUGCACAGGAUUUCUAAAAGUUCAGGCAUGCCAUAUCUUGAGUUGAACCAAAGCAAGAAUCUUGGAGGUUGUGGACGGGCUGCCUGUAGCUAUUCAUGUCUGAUAGAUUAGGUCAUGCUGUGGCAUGGUUGCAGAAAAAAAAAGAAAAAAAAAAAGUAAAUGAUUUUAUCACAAGUCACUUGCCAGUGGAGAUGUACUUGGUACUUGGUACUUGAGAGAGUUAAUGCUCUGUUAUCUUUUGACUUGCUGUGUAUUUAUUGCUUCAGAGUAUCAUGUGUGGUUUGACUUUACAGAAUUUGUCAUUGUACUACGUGCUUUGCAACACCAGAUUGUCAACGCAAAACUGAAGAAUUCUUCAUCAGUAUACAAUAAAUUAGAUUUCAUUGACUAAAA